AUGUCCCCCCCCGCCCAGCCGGGGGUGCCGGGCGGGCGCGGCUCUAAGGUGCCCCCGGCGCGGAAGCUCCUCUGCAUGUGCAGCCUCUCCCUCUGCCUCACCUACCUGUGCUACAGCCUCAUGGGGGGCACCGGCCCGGGCGCCCUGCGCUCCCCCGCCGCCCUCCCCGGCACGGCGGCCCCCCGCUCCCCGGCCGCGCUCCCCGGCACGGCGGCCCCCCGCUCCCCGGCCGCGCUCCCCGGCACGGCGGCCCCCCGCUCCCCGGCCGCGCUCCCCGGCACGGCGGCCCCCCGCUCCCCCGCCGCCCUCCCCGGCACGGCGGCCCCCCGCUCCCCCGCCAGCCCCCCGGGCAGCUCCGCCGCUCCGACGCGGGCCUCCAACGGCAGCCGGGAAGGGGCGGCGGGCGCCUGGCUGCGGACGCCGCUGGCCCCCGGGGAGGUGAUCACGGCGCAGAGCGGAGCCUUCGAGAGGGACCCGCAGGAGUCGAGCACCACGGACGAGGAGCUGAGCCGGGCCGGCAGCCCGGCGGGCCGCGGCGGCGGCAGCACCACGCCGGACUACGGGGAGAAGCGGCUGCCGCAAGCCCUCAUCAUUGGGGUGAAGAAGGGGGGGACGCGGGCGCUGCUGGAGGCCAUCCGGGCGCACCCCGACGUGCGCGCCGUGGGCACCGAGCCCCACUUCUUCGACAGGAACUACGAGAAGGGGCUGGAGUGGUACAGGAACGUGAUGCCCAAGACUCUGGACGGGCAGAUCACCAUGGAGAAGACCCCCAGCUACUUCGUGACAAAUGAGGCCCCCAGGCGCAUUCACUGCAUGGCCAAGGACACGAAGCUGAUCGUGGUGGUGAGGAACCCGGUCACCCGGGCCAUCUCGGACUACACGCAGACGCUCUCCAAGAAGCCGGAGAUCCCCACCUUCGAGGUGCUGGCCUUCAAGAACCGGACCCUGGGGCUGAUCGACGCCUCCUGGAGCGCGAUCCGCAUCGGGAUCUAUGCCCUGCACUUGGAGAACUGGCUCCAGUACUUCCCCCUCUCCCAAAUCCUUUUUGUCAGUGGCGAGAGGCUCAUCACUGACCCGGCUGGGGAAAUGGCCAAGGUCCAGGACUUCUUAGGCCUCAAGAGGAUUGUGACAGAGAAACAUUUUUAUUUCAAUAAAACCAAGGGGUUCCCCUGCCUAAAGAAGCCAGAGGACAGCAGUGCUCCCCGGUGCUUGGGCAAGUCCAAGGGUCGAACUCACCCCAAAAUAGACCCAGACGUCAUCCACAGACUGCGGAAGUUUUACAAACCCUUCAAUGUCAUGUUUUACCAAAUGACGGGCCAAGAUUUCCAGUGGGAGCAGGAAGAAAGUGAUAAGUAG